AAGAGGAGUGGAUCAGUAACUUAUAUUGUUGUUGUUAGUGUCUGUCAAGUUGAUUCUGACUCAUGGCGACCACAUGUGUGCACAGUAGAACUGCUCUAUAGGGUUUUCCAGGCUGUGACCUUUCAGAAGCAGAGCUCCAGGUCUGUCUUCCCAGGUUCCUCUGAGUGGGUUCAAAUCACCAACCUUUCAGCUAGUAGUCAAGUGCGCCACCCAGGAACUCCAGACUUACAUUAGACAGCCAGUUUAAUAUCUAGUUACUUAAAGCUUUUCUUGCCACCGUAACUCCUCCCAGUGAUGGUACAUUCUUAGGUAUAAAUUUAGGAAACAUUCAUGAUUGAUAAGGUCAGGAACCAGUUCUUAGCAGGAAUAUCAGUGACCCCAUGCAGCAACCUUUGUGUUGUUACCUGGUUAUUGCUUUUGUACUGUGGGUUGCAACUCACUAGACACUAUUUCAAAUGAAUUUAUUGUGAAACUUGUGUUACUUAGUUAAUUUAUUCUUGGUGGAUAUGCUGUUGCAAUGACUAUCUCUCUGCCUCUGUGGUUGCUUCUUUCGUAAUUGUUGGUGAGAAGAAUGACUAUUAAACUCACGUGAACCUUGUAUUAUGUAUGUAUAGUUGACUUUCUUAAGUGCUUUUAUUUUCGUGUAGGUUUUUAACUGUUCAUACUUUCAAGAUUAUUUUUGAAUUCAAGAAAGUAAGCCAACCAGUCUAGCUUUAUAUAAAACUAUUGUUGUUUAUCAUGAUGUACAACUAUAAUCUUCACAGAUGGGUCUUAGAAAAAUUGUUUCAAAAAAAUUUAGACUACAUGUAAUUCCAGUGAAUCUGUUAUUGUUUUUUCUAACAAAUUAUUAUAGAAUAUGCAUUUUUCUAAACUGUUUCACCUUGUUAAAAUAAAACUGUUUUACUUUAUUAUAAAAUAAAAUAUUUAAAAGGUAACUAACAUUUAUUUUUACAGUAUUUCAUCAUCACAGCAAUAGGUAUUGUGUCUAAUCUGCUGAUGAGAAAAUUAAGGCUCAGGGUAGUUAGAUAAUCUGAAUAUACAUUUCACAAAAGAGAAUAUGCCAUUAAUAAACAUAAAAAUUAAUAAAAAAUAUAGAAAAGUUCAGUAACUCAAAGAAAUGCAAAUUAAAACAUUGAUAUAUUAUUUUUCAUCUCUUAAAUAAUAUUUUUCAGUGUUACUAAGGCUAUAGUGUGAAACAAUCACCUUUACACUCUCUAAAUAGAAGUAUAAUUGGUCCAACAAUUCUGGAAAACAGUGUGGUUAUACUAUGUAAUAUGUCUACAAAUAAGAAAAUGGUUAAAUAAAGUGAUUAUCAUCUGGUGGAUUAUUAUGGUGCCAUUAAAAUGGUAUUUUCAAAGAUUAUUAAAUUGGAUGAAUGCUCAUGUGAUAAUGCCAAGUGGGAAAAAAAUCAGUAUUCAGUGAUGUACAUGUUAAAAUUAUAGUAUGAUUCUAAAUUGAUUUUAAAUGUUAAAUGGAAAUAUAUGAGAAUAUUAGCAGUAUUGUGAAGGGCUUAUGGGUGAUUUUGAUUUUAUAUAUUUAUAUUUUACAACUUCUAUAUUCAUAAAAUCGGUGACAAUUUUUAGAGCUGGAAAGUCACUUAUAGUUAUUGAAAUUACUCUCUUCAGUCCUUGCUACCAUAUGAUGUUUUAUGUCUGCUACUUUCUGUCCUAUUUGCCUUUUUCUUUUCUCUAUAAAACAGCUUUCUCUGCUUCAUUAUACACUUGGCCUAAAUAUGGGUGCCUCAGGUUUAGUUUUACACCACCUUCCAAUACAAGCGUUCAAAAGAGUGUAAUUUUUAUUUACAUUCUAAUUCUAAUUUCCCAGCCAUAGAGUCUGGGAUUAGUUUAAGAUUUGGUGAGUCUGGGAAUGAGGAAAUGGGGAAGGUCUUAUAACUUGUCACCACACCCGUAGGGGCUAAGGAGCAAACUCUAAAAAGAUGCUGCAGUUUCCUCAAGAGGAGAUUCUACUCCUAGGAAUUCAUCCUGUGAACUUAAUAAAGUGCGUGCACAGAGAAACAUGUUCAAGGGUGUUCAACACAGUAUUUUUUUCAGAGUAAUAACCUAGAAACAACAUAAUUGCCACCAGUAAGUGAUUGAUUACACAAAUUACAUCCAUAUAUCACUCAUCUUUGGGUAUCCUUAAGAGUCUUUAUUAGAUAACUUGAGGGGCAGUGCAACAGUCAGGGAAAAAAAAUUCCUUAUUCCUACUACAUACAAGAAAGAGCUGUGUAAAAAACAUUUCUGGGGGAUGUUUUAAGGCAAUUUAGGAAGUUUUUAUGCCAUUGUAAUGAACUUAAUGAAAAUAAACAAUAUGGAAGGUUUUCUUGGUGAGAUCUUAAUAGUAAUAAAUAGCUUGCAUUUUUAUUGAUUAAAAUUAAUGUAGUCUAUAAAAUUUAAAAUUUAUUUUUAAAAGACUUAGACAUUCAUGAUUUUUAACUGAUGCAUUUCAAUGUAAAGUAAAUGAAGUAAAGGAAAAAGUAUAGUGAAAGCAGUUUGGGGUAAAGGAUGAAUCUCUUAGAUCACAUUAAUUUGGGGAUAAAGAAUAAUUCCAUUACAUCAUAAUUGUACCACAUUUAAAAUAAUGUCUAGUAGAUUUUAAAUAACUUCACUGUUUUGUAAAUUUGGUACCAGCUUAAUUUUCAGGAGGGCAGAAUCUGUCUGGUUUUCCUUGGUAUUCCCCCAUCGUGUCUUUCAUAGCAGUUCUCAGUAAGUAUUUGCCACUGCCCUUAAGAAAUCUCACUGAGAAGAUAAGACAUAAAUAUUUAUUGAUCUGAUUUAGUGAGAACUAACUGUGCAAGGUAAUCUGUGCUAAGUGCCAGGUGAGAGGUUCGAACAACAAGUGCUGUAAGAAGAGGAAGUGUCAUUUUCAGUAGGGUGAUUAGAAAAAAACUUCACCAAGGGUAGGUAGGAUUUGAGUUGGGCCCUGAAAGGAUAGUUUUAAUAAAAAUCGAGAGGAAGUAGGGAUUAUCAAAAUAAUCAUUUUCAGCUUUUGUCAUUUCAGUAAUGCCCCUUCACUCCUGAGCAUGCUUUGGAAACUUCACUUUUAUGACCUUUAGAUAAAUCUCAAGUCUUCAUUUCACCAAAUAUUUCUCCAGGGAGUUCAAGACUGUCUCACUUCGCUUGUUCUUCUCUGACUCUUGUCUUCAUCAUGCUUAUCUGUUUAAAGUGCUUCUCAUUGUUCAAUGCUCAUCUUUGAACCUUCUUCAAAGCAGCAUUACAUACCUAUAAACAACAGUGCUCUUUUGCUAUAGGUCUUUCCCCUCCCCUGUAACUUCCGUCUUUUUAUGACAGAGUUGAUACGGAGCACCCCAGUUCUUCUCUUAUUUCUCUACCACUAUAUACUUGGCCUUUCCCCCCAAAUAUAGAGUGUACUUCUUCUUGACUUUAACAUGAACGUUUUCAUUUUUACAAUACAUGUUUUUUUCUUUCAUUUUUUGUGUUAUAACUUACAUGCGGUAAGGUAAAAGUAUAAAAUAUGUUCGAAAAAGUACUGUGAAAAACUGAUUUUCAUAAAGUUAAUAAUUUGUUGAAGAAAAUAUAUAAACUCCAAAGAAAAUAGGAUGACAUUUAUGUUAGUAGUAAUCAAAAUCCUGCUUAUCGUUCCAUCUUUCAAGGCGCAGCUCAAGUGCUACCUUCCUACUGAAGCCAUCUUGGAUUAUCCUCCUUCCCCCUAAGGAAUACAGUGAGUAAUCUGAUUAUGAUCAUACCUCCACUCUUUGGUGCAAUUCAGAGUGUUAGAGAUGGACUGGAAAAGCGGUACAUUGCUUCUUAUUUAGCACUCACAGUGGUAGGAAUGGGAUCCUGGUGCUUCCACAUGACUCUGAAAUAUGAAAUGCAGCUACUGGAUGAACUCCCAAUGAUUUACAGCUGUUGUAUAUUUGUGUACUGCAUGUUUGAAUGUUUCAAGACGAAGAAUUCAGUAAACUACCAUCUGCUUUUUAUAUUAGUUCUGUUCAGUUUAAUAGUAACCCUAGUUUACCUUAAGGUAAAAGAGCCUGUAUUCCAUCAGGUCAUGUAUGGAAUGUUGGUCUUCACAUUAGUACUACGAUCUAUUUAUAUUGUUACAUGGGUUUAUCCAUGGCUUAGAGGACUGGGUUAUACAUCCCUGAGUAUAUUUUUAUUGGGAUUUUUAUUAUGGAACAUAGAUAACAUCUUUUGUGAUUCACUGAGGAACUUUAGAAAGAAGAUGCCACCCAUCAUAGGUGUUACCACCCAGUUUCAUGCAUGGUGGCAUAUUUUAACUGGUCUUGGCUCUUAUCUUCACAUCCUCUUCAGUUUAUAUACCAGAACACUUUACCUAAGAUAUAGACCAAAAGUGAAGGUAAGUCUACUUCCUAGGUCCAUGGGAGAGAAAGAGGACAGAAGGAAUAUUAGUAGGAUGGGAUGGAGGUAGGAGAAAAGAGGGAAGGAGGAGAGGAAUUGGAGAGAGCACAGGCUUUGGAGCCAGAAGGCAUUGUGUCUUAAGUCUUCCACUUAUUUGCUACAUAACCUUGGGCCGGUCUUUUGCCUUAGUUUCUUCGAAAUAAAAUGCAGCUGUUAUGGUGAAUGCAGUUAAUGUCACUAAAUUGUACACAUGAAAAUGGUUGAAAUGGCAAAUGUUUUGUUAUAUAUAUUUUACCACAAUUUAUAUAUAUAUAUAUUCAGUUAAAAAUAAAAAAGAGCUGUUAACAGCUAUAUUGCAGAAUUAAGGAUAGAGAUAUUUAAGUGCCCAGCUCCGUACUUGACAAAGUAGAUGCUUAAUACAUUUAAAUGCACUAAAUAAUAAUAUUUUCUGCAGUCUGGUGCAGACCUGGAAGGAAUAUGGAUUGUUUUGUUUUGACAUACUUGGUGUGCUCAGGUGACUAAUACCAGAUAAUCACUAGCAGACCUACCAAGAAGUAUAGUCACAGCCUGAUGGGUUCUUUCUCACUCUUUUUCGGGGAUAAUGUGGAACAAUUUUAUCUUC